AUGUCGGAAGGAGAUGAAGUAGACAGACAGAUAGAAAUCAAGUUUGAAGGAGAACCUCCCGAAAAGAUCAGCAACAGGCGAAUCUCGAUACAUCACCAUAUCUGGGAUGUGGCAGGUUCUGGGGCAUUGGCGAGCUCUAAGCUCCUCCAGUCCUUUAUAUUGUUUCGUGGACGGUUGCGUCAAGCGUGCCGAUAUCCUUGCAGUCUUGCAGAGUUGGCCACGACGGUUCCCAGCAGCCAGGGUAACCGCAACAAUAUGUACAAGUACGUCGAACAUGUGGAGGAUAAUAUAGCGAAAAGUAAAAGAACAAUGUCCCACUGCACCGGAAUCAAUUUCAGUACGCAUUCUCCUUCAACCCCUCCUUUGAAACAUCCCCAUCCGUUCAAAGAAACCCAAACUGCAAGAAACGGAGCUCGCGGAAGGUGGGCAGAAUCGAAAAGGGAAAAACUUGGCCCCACGCAAGCACACAAAUUUCGCAGUUCGGUCCGGAACAACCGGAUAAUCCGCAAGUAUAUCCCCCUAACAGGACUAGCGCAUUCAUGGCGGUGA